GCUCACCCUGGUGGCAUGUUCCAGUUGCAUGUACUUUGCCACGCAUGUGGGGGAACACAGCCCAGUCUCAUGUGUGUGUACACAGUUUUGUCUAUUUGAGCGAUUAGAGAGGCUGUUUAGUUUUUGGCCUUUAGCUCUUCACUGGAGAAUGCUACAGCAGUUGUUUCUGGGAUAAGGUUCUUAGGAAUUGAACUUCCUGCGAGAGACAUCCUCCUGCAUUGUUGGAAAAGGAUGCUGGGUAAUUGCUGAGGGCAUUUCUGCAUCAGGACUGUUCACGGCACACCCCUGUUUUGCCACGAGGAGGAGUGAAGCAUGAUAUAUGGGUGAAUCUCCCACUGAGUAGGUCUGUGCAUUAUUUAUCACCCUGCCAAAGCAGACCGGGCUCUCCUGGCACUUGGGGCACUGGCAGAAUUCAAUGUCAUGUUAAUAAUAUUCUUAGACUGGGGGUUGCCUCCCUGUCUCUGAUUCAUUGAGGAAGAAAUAACCACGAGGUACACUGUACAUGUACUCAUUAGCAUUGGGCCAGACCCCAGACAGUCCAGGGCUUUGUUGCACAAUGCCUGAUAAUAAUAUUUACAUUUUCCACCUCUGGUCUGCCGAAACAAUCACCGAUGCUGGUCCUGAGUGAUAUUCUUACAGUCGGUCUCCAAACAAUAGGCUGUGGUGGAAGAGUUGAAGAGGAUUUGGAGAGGGGGGAGGGAAACACAAGUUGAGAGAAUCGACGCGGGGAUAUGGAAUUACACGUAGAAACGAUUCAGCAACCUGGCACCAAGAUCAUUCCGGGUUCGGCCAUCCUCCCCAUGAAGGGGGAGGGGAAGGCCAAGACGUCACGGCUGGGCCAAGUCCUGCCGACCAUCCUGCCGGAGGACGGCAGCAGGGUAGGUGGCGGCCUGCUGGAUGUUGUGGUGCUGCGGGACAAGGCCAACCGGACGCCUCGCAGGAACCGGGCGCUGGUGUGCGAGCGCUGCCGGCUGGAGCGGCUGGGCAGACAGCAACAGCAGCAGCAACGAGAACCCUGCAGAGACUGUCUGUCGCAAUGUUUGCUACCGUCUUUGUCAGUGUCACUUCUCCAGCCUAUGUGUCAAGAUGAGAACUUCCCCGACAGCAUUCAGUCCAGACCGCUUCCCAGCACCCCUUCCCACGGACCCGUGGAUCUGCCCAGAUGGAACUCAAGCGAGGAGCUGAACGCCCAGGAUGACCCGGAUCUGUUUGUGGUGCUCUACGACUUCAGCGGCAGCGGGGAGAAUCAACUUAAUGUUCGCAAAGGGGAGCAUGUGCGAGUCAUUUCGUACAACCAGACAGGGGAGUGGUGCGAGGCCAAGAAGAUCACCAAUAACAAGACGGGCUGGGUGCCCUCUAACUACAUCACCACCAGCAACAGCCUGGAGAAGCACUCAUGGUACCAUGGGCCCAUCUCCCGUACGGCGGCCGAGUACCUGCUCAGCAGUGGCAUCGACGGCAGCUUCCUGGUGAGGGACAGCGAGAGCAGCCCCGGUCAGCUCUCCAUCUCACUGCGCUUUGCCGGCCGGGUGUACCACUACCGGAUCAACCACGCUCCGGACGGGAAGGUCUUCGUCACCAACGAGAGCCAGUUCUGCAGUGUGGCAGAGCUGGUCCACCACCACUGCAAGGACUCAGAUGGCCUGAUCACCACGCUGCGCUUCCCCGCCGCCAAGACCAACAAGCCCACCAUCUACGGCGUCUCACCGCAGUUUGAUGAGUGGGAGAUCCAACGGACCGACAUCUCCAUGAGGAACAAGCUGGGCGGGGGCCAAUACGGCGAGGUCUACGAAGCUGUCUGGAAGAAACAUAACAAAAUUGUCGCUGUCAAGACAGUCAGGGAAGAGAACAUGAGAGUGGAUGAGUUUUUGCGGGAGGCGGCGGUCAUGAAGACCAUCAAGCAUGCAAACUUGGUCCAGUUACUAGGUGUGUGCACCAGGGAGCCCCCCUUCUACAUCAUCACAGAGUUCAUGCCCCACGGCAAUCUCUUGGAGUACCUCAGGGAGAAUGAUGAUUCCACACUGCCGGCUGUCACGCUGCUCUACAUGGCCUCUCAAGUGGCCUCCGCCAUGUGCUACUUGGAGACCAAGAACUUCAUACACAGGGAUCUGGCAGCGAGGAACUGUUUACUAGGUGACAACCACCUAGUGAAAGUGGCCGACUUUGGUCUGGCCAGGAUUGUCACAGGGGAGAUUUACACAGCCCAGGCUGGGGCCAAAUUUCCCAUCAAGUGGACAGCCCCGGAGAGCCUGGCCUUCAAUAAGUUCUCCAACAAGUCAGACAUAUGGGCCUUUGGCAUUUUACUGUGGGAGAUUGCCACUUACGGCAGCUCCCCUUAUCCCGGCGUGGAGCUGCAACACGUCUACGAGAAGCUAGAGAGGGGCUACCGGAUGGAACGUCCGGAAGGCUGCCCAGGUGACGUCUACAAGCUCAUGCUCAAGUGUUGGACGUGGAACCCCGCCGAGCGGCCCACCUUCGUGGAGGUCCAGGAGGAGAUGAACAACAUGUUCCAGCACUCCAGCAUCUCGGAGGAGGUGGAGAGGUCGCUGCACCGGCAGCGGGGGCGAGGAGCAGCCGGGGAGCCCCCAACUCUGCCGACAAAGAACAGGAGCAGUCGGAAGGGCAGCGGGGGUGGCGGUGGGGGUGACGGGGAGCAUCACCCCAGAGCAGGGGGAAAGGAUGCCCCUGCCAGCCAGCAGAGCGACACCACCAAAUCAAGACAAAGCCCUCAAAACUCCCCCGAACAUAAUCGUAAGAAGCUUCCAUUCAAGAUUCCUAACUUACCCCGUAAGAAAACGGAGCGUCCCAAGUAUCAAGACCAAGGCAGCCACCACCACACCCAUCACCAACCCCCAGAUAGGCAAGUCAGUGAGGAGGACACAACCCUCCGAGGGCAGCAGCAGCAUCACACCAACCACCAGGAGGUUCCUGAGAAACCCCGCCGAGGCUCACCUGUCCACCGGCAGGAGAACGGGACAGCCCGGCUCCCGGACACCCUGCAUCAGGAGUUUAACUCUUGCCUCCACAACUCCUCUUCUCAUUCCCAUGCCCAGACCAGCUCGGAGAGCGGUGGGGAUAACAGCGGCGGCUCAGGACAGAACGUGCGCCAGGCACUCCGGCCGCCUGUCAACGGCAGGAAGAAAGGGAGGAAGGACCGUGAGAGGAAGAAGAGCUCGGAUGGGGCUGUGACAGGAGAGCAGGACGGGCCCUUCCCCAUUCCGCGGUCCUCCUCGUCAAGCCCGACUAGCGAGCGCAAACCGAGAAGGACCGACACACUGCCAGAGGUGACAGAGGAGCAAACCAUGAGGCGCCGGGCUCUCAGGCCGCCCCCCAAAUUGGACAUCAAGCAAAGAGAUAUCAACCAGGAGACCGACAAUACUAAGGAACAGCUGGCCAAGACGAAAUCAUUGCCAUCCUCCAAGAAGAUCACUGUGCCGCCCCAAACCAGCCCGCCACAGAGCCCCGAACUGGAGAGCCCCAGGGGGACCUUACCCAACUACGGGACCAGGACCAGGGACAAGGGCAAGCUCGCACGGCCCACCGUGCCUCCCCCUGCACCCCCUGCUGAUGGGGUGACCUCACCAACGUCUGAGUCGAGUCCAAGUCCCCACGGCUCCCCUAGCAAAUCCUCUCAGGCCUCUUCCUCCAGACCGACCCCGCUGUCCCCCAAACCUCAGAUUAUCGGACCUAAGCCCAUCCUCAGUCCCAAGCCUGACCUUACAAGUCCCAAGUCCCAGCCGCCAGCCCCGACACCCCCAAAACCCCAGAAACGGACCUCCAUCCCAAGCAAGCCCCUACCUGGACAGACAGAGAACUCUACCCGAGGUGGACAGAUAUCCAAGGCCUCCAUCCUCCAGCUCUGCGACUCCCUCAGCUCCAAAGCGGAGUCGAUACAGGACAACUGGGACUUUGGUCGUUGCAGCGACCUUUGCGCUGACCUGGAAGUGUUUUACAGUACAUGCAUAAAGUACCUGGAAUCGUUGCCUGUCCGGACGCGCUUCUCAGUCCGGGAACACUUGAGCACACUGGACACGCACGUUCAAAACCUGAAAAUGAAAUCAACGACAGGCUCCAACGGUCAGCUGGGUUCAAUCCUCGGCGAUGUCCAAAAACAAAUGGAGGAAAUCCGUUCCCUGAUUCAACGAUAGCUCCCCGAAGAAAGUGUAUAGUAUGAUAUAAAUAUAUGUUAUUUCUCUUUACAUGUUCUUUUUCGAGGUCAGAGUCUGUUCAGAUGUUUGAAACACGUACAUGCACAGUAUUUCCAAUUCAGCCUUCAGACAUUGUGUAGUAUCACCAUGUUCCAUUACUUUCACUGCCUGUCCCAUUUUUUCAAGAGCUUUCUCUUGAAAUCUUGGGGAAGGGAGUGAAUGUAACCAGUGGUCCUGCCUGCAUAAGCCUCUGUCAGUCCUUGUGUUUGCAUGAGUAGAGGAUAUUGUUUUCCUGGAAGGGUGCCAUCUUCGAGAUGCCCAGUCAAAAAGCUAUUCUCAAACAAUUUGAUUUUCAGAUUUUUUUCUCCCAAGUGGUAGCAUCUUCUGACUUGUACAGGAGCAGUGCGUUCCUAAGUGUUAUUGUUUUUUAUAGUUUAUGUUAAAAAGCUUGCACUCUGUGAUUGAGGUUUGUCAAUGAAGGCCAGGAUUGCAAGUGAAAUACAGAGAUUUCUAGAAUGAAUUUUGGUCAAGGCUAGUUUUCAGAAAGGGAGCGUGAAGGUAUGACCCUCCUUUGUAGUUCCCUUAACAUCCUAGGCAGAGGCUGGUCUAAGGAGAUGCUGCCAUUGAAAAGCUCUAAAAGCUACAAUAGCUCUCGGUCAGGGGUUGGCAAAACGCUGUGUUACAUUCCAUGAAAAAUACAGCGACCAGAGCUUGUGGGCAAUAGAAUUGAAAUUUGGAACCAGGCAUCUUGUGGACAGUGGUCACCCCUCCAGUUUUUGAUAAUUUGCUCAUAUGCAUUUGGUGCUGUAUGACGCUGGACCCUCCCAAAUCCUUCAUACUCCACCAGGAGAGGAUUUUAUAGGUUUGCAAAAGUUGCAGUACAGAGAACGCGACACUGAGUUCCUAGGAAUGGGUUUUGGAGGGUUCAGGAAGGUUAUUAGCCAAAUUUCUGAGGGAAGAAGGGAUACUCCAGCAGUCUACCUCUUGCAUCUCUAUAUUGUUGGCAUCCAGGGAGAGGAUUACCUCCAGGGCAGUGGGCCGCUGGUCUGACCAAUCACAGCACAGCUGCUGCCCUCUAGUCAUAAAGCGGCUGCCAGAUUGGACCAGAGUGACCACAGGGCUAUGUGUAAUCAUCCCCACCCUAUGUGCAGUCAGUACCAGAUGAUCCUUUCUGAGCAUGGCUUGUAGAGUCCUAACAAAGAUUGUGGGAUGGCACAAGUUGCUGAAGGUUCAAAGUAAAGUCUGAGAAAUCUAGAUGGUUCUCUGUUAGACCCAUUGCUUCACAAGAAGCUCCACCCUUGAAAGUUGGACAACCCCAAAAUCUUAGCAUCAACUUCCCUUGUCUCUAAGAAGGCCCUUUCAUAUAUUGAUACACCUCAUAAAACCAAGUGUAGGAACAUGCGAGGCAAAAACAUUUCAAAAAAAAAAAUUGAUUAUAUAUGUAUAUGUCAUGUGUUGUAUUUGUAUAUGUAUUGUAACAAUGGGUAAUGCCUGCCUUGUAUGAUAACAAAUUUUAAACCAGUCUGCAAACCAAACCUAGGAUGGGUACAUUUACCCAUAUUUUUAGAGAGUAUCUUGAAACUUGUGCCCCUCGGAAUGCUCCAUUUGGCACACAGUACGCUCCAAGUGGGAACAAGUAGGUAACCUGGUAGCAUCCGAAUCUUGGGACUAAGCUAGGUCUAGGUCUUCACUGGUAGGAACACGGCCAUAUGCUGACGUCCGACUCGGCCAUAGCUCUUUCAGUCCAUUUCAGACACGGCUUUACUGGUUAUCUUGUGAGUGAAACUUCUCCCAAUGAAUAUGCUUGUGUCACGGCAAACUUUCCUGGAUACACAAGCAACAGUAAGCUUGUGACUGUAGAAUAUGCUGUAACAUCAACUCAGCCCACAGACACAAGAGACAGAAUCCUGCCAUGUCAUCAACAGACCUGAUUGGGCCGUGGACUGAUGACGUCACACCUGUGCGCCUCCUGUGGGAACCAGGGUGGGACAACGAAAUUGAUCCACCAUGGGAAAAGGCACAGGUAAACAAAGUGACGUCAUCGGCACAUAGGCUUAUUCCGUAGUAUCAACUCUGAGUUGCAUAGACACCAGAUGACCGUCGACACAUUUCCAUCACUGUAUCAUUGGCAAAUUGUGCUGCUGUCUUAUGUUGUUGGUGUGACAGUCGGUGGCACAGCGUGACAUUGCUGAAGUUACAUUUACUGGACAUUCCUGGCGUUCCAAGUUUCGAGACACUCUCUCAAGAAGAUAACGUUUAUUUUUUUUUAAUUAGAGGAUUCCGCCUCCAAACGCCUAGGGUUAUCUUGUGCCCAUCACUGACUUAUACUGUGACACAAAUGCUUCAUUAUGUCAUUUUCUUCUCUUAAGCUGUAAAAUGCGAAAGUCCAUGCAAGAAAAAGAUCUGAUUUUAAAUUUGCUUCCACAAAUUUGUUAAUUACAGCAUUGCUAAAUAUGGAAAUGUGUAGUGUACUUCCUGAUAACUAUAUUUUCCAAAAUGGAAUAGCAAUCUUGUGAUGAGGAAGAUCUUUCAAAAUCUUACAUUUGCAUUUAUUUGAUCCGUCACUUUUUAGGUUUGUUCUGAUUCUGUGAAAUCGUUAAUUAUUACGGAAUUAGUGAUAUAGCAGUUAUUGAUCCUCAAAUAAAGCUUGCCCUGUUUGAUGUAAAGAUCUUAUAAUCCAUUUUACUGUAUCUGCCCACAGUAUGCUUACAACGGUGUUGUCUGUGUAAAAAAAAUAAUACAUUAAGCCAAAGUAAUUGAAUUUCUGGGUACACAGCUCACACGUAAUCUAUCUUCAGACUUUCAGAUUUAUGCUAAACUGUGUAACGCUUUGUGACACUUUGUCUUACCUAGUUUCCUAAGACAGGUGCGUCAAUCAGCUUGAGGUAUUGAAGGCUUGCAUCAGAACUUGUGCAUCCAAUCGGGCAGCUCCUAAGCAGUACAUGACCAGGCCAAUGGCCAAUCAAUUGAACCGAGCAGAGUGGACUUUUAAAAAUUUUUCCUGUCUUUCCUAAAAUCAAAUCAGUAUUUUUUUUUCAAGUUGGAAGAGGUAAAUUGUUGUAGUUUCAUUCAUCGUCAGAUAGUGAGAGUGAUAGCUUGGAUAUAGAAAUAUUACGUUUCAAAUGCUUAUCUUGGAAACAGCCCAGUUAUGCAAUGAUUUUUUAAAUGUUUUACGAUUAUUUUAAUUGCAAUGAAAAGAUUAGGGAUGGAGCGUGGAAGUUGCUCAAAGGAAACACUGCUUUUGUUCACUAUGCUGAACGCUGUGUCUAUUAAUGAAGCGUUUGUUAAGACGAACAAAUCAACACUUUGCUGUAUGCUGUAAUAUUUGUAAUAAAAAGUGAUAUCUGAAGCAUAUAUAAUUCAA